GUUAGAUAUUUUCGAAGAUUCAUUACAUUCAAUAAAAUCCACUCUUUCUUCUUAUAUAUAGAAUCAAUCAAAAGACUUUGAGAGAUAUUCAUCAAAACUUUUUGUUUUGUUUUUCAAGCUAUAAAAUCUGAGAGAUAUGGAAGUAAGCAAGAGAAUGGACAUGUUAGAGAGGAGGUCUUCGAUAGAGACAGAGCCAAUGACAUUGCAUCUCGAUCAAUUAGAAAAUGCUCGAGAAGAAGCAUUGUAUGUGAUGAAAACAAAAACAAUGGAGGAAGCUAUGGAUAUUUUUACAAAGGAGACGCAUGAGGGGUUACGAGCUAGUGAAGAAAGAGGAGGGAGAUGCAUAAAUCUGAAGGAUGAGGAGGAUGAUGAUGAUUAUGAAGACGAAAGAAUGAUGUUUAUGAGUCCUCAUGCUUGGGACAUUCAUACCGCUCCUUUCUAAUUUAGUAAUUUGUAACCUCUUUUUUUUGGCUCUUUGAUUUUCAGUUUUCCUAUACUCCUUGGUCUUUUUGUAAAUAUCUGAAUACUUAAAAAGGAUAUUAGAUGUUUUUACAUACAUUAAAGAAGGAAAAACCAUUGUGAAGCACAAUCUAACCGGUUUUAGAACAUAUCAAUCUUAAGAACAUAUAUCCGAAGGCGUGACUAAAUAGUAAAUUCAUAAUCUACGUCAAAA